AGUGGGAAACAGCGAGAAGCUCAGAAGCUGCUAAAGAAAAUACUCAAACUACACAGAGUGCUGCAGUUGAUAAGAGUACCGUAAUUACGACACAGACAGAAGCUUACACACAACCAGUCACUAUGCUGCAGAUUCCAGUAGCUCCAGCUGUGCCUGCUGUUAGCUUGGUUCCUCCUGCAUUUCCUGUCACAAUGUCUGUGCCUCCUCCUGGUUAUAGCCCAAUUCCUCCUCCACCCUUCUUGAGAGCGAGUUUCAACCCUUCACAGCCACCUCCAGGCUAUAUGCCUCCCCCAGUUCCACCUGUGGUUCCACCACCUGUUGUCCCACCACCUGUUGUCCCACCAGUUGUUCCAACACCUUUAGUACAGCCUCCAUUACCAAUUGCACAAGAGACGAUGAAGGAUGUUCCUUUUACUAGCCUUGUUCUACCAGUUGGCACAGUUACUAGCAAUCUAGCUACUCCAACAUUGUCUGCUGGAAGUGUUUUUAAUCCUCUGCCAAUCAGCAAACCAGAAUCAGAUGAAAAAGGAUCACAUCUUACAGACCUUCAGAUCUCUUCCAAUGAAAACAGUAGAUCUGUGCAAAAUGAUGUCUCAAGUAGCUCUGGGCUUGUUGGAGGAGUGCAGCCACCCAGUGUCUCAAGCAAUUCUGGGCUUACUGGAGAAGGGCAGCCACCCACUGUCUCAAGUAGCUCUGGACUUGCAGGGGGAGUACAGCCGCCCAGUGUUUCAAGCAGCUCUGGACUUGGAGGAGGAGUGCAGCCACCAGCUGUUUCCAGCAGUUCUGGUCUUGCAGGAGGAGUGCAGCUUCCUGCUGUUUCCAGUAGCUCUUCUCUUGCUGGCGGGGUUCAGCCAACUAACGUCUCAAGUAGCUCUGGACUUAUGGCUGGAGUGCAACCACCAAAUGUCUCAAGUAGCUCAGGGCUUCUAGCUGGAGUGCAUCCACCCAGUGUCUCAAGCAGCCCUGGCCUUCUGACAGGAAUGCAGCCACCCAGUGUCUCAAGCAGCUCAGGAGUUCUGGCAGGAGUACAACCACCAAGUGUUUCAAGCAACUCUGGGCUUCUCAUGAUGCCACCACCCAAUGUUUCAAGUAGUUCUGGACUUAUGGGAGUGCCACCACCAAAUAUUUCAAGUAGUUCUGGACUUCUGGCAAUGCAGCAUCCAGCUGCAGUUCAAAAUAUGCCUCAUUUAAAUAUUAGUAGUCAAAGGAUGCCAGGAAUGCUUGAUCCAUCUCUUCACCCACCACCUCGAGGGCCUUUUCCUCCAGGAGAUAUUUUUAAUCAAACAGAAAGACCUUUUGGAACACCAGGAAGACAAAAUAUCGAUAGCAUUUCUAAUCCAGAGAAAAGACUACCACUUGGAGGUGAUAACAUUUCGCAGGAGGGAGAUAGAGAUUAUCGCUUUCCUCCAGUGGAAAACCGAGAUAAUCUUAACAGACCAUCUCCAGUGGAUGUCAGAGAUUCUGUUGGGCGACCGCCAGUUGAUCCAAGAGAGGGUAUUGGAAGGCCUCCAGUGGAUGGAAGAGAACACUUUGCAAGACCACAUGUAGAAAUGAGAGAAAAUUUUGGAAGACCAGGUAUAGAUAACCUUGGCCGAAGAGAGCAUUUUGGUUUCAAUUCAGACAAGCAUUGGGGACAGAGAGGAGAUUACGAUGAAAGAGAGCACCAUGCCUUCCCUAUUUAUGGUGGCCCUAAAGGCUUCCAUGAAGACAGAGAGAGGUUUCGGCAUGUAAACUAUAGGUUUGAUAGUAGAAGUGGUCCCAAUUGGAACAGAGGAUUUGAACAAGAUGCUCACAGAGAUUUUGAUGACCGCAGAAGACCCUGGGAAAGGCAGAGGGAUAGGGAUGACAGAGAUUUUAAUUUUUGCAGAGAAAUUAAUGGGAACAGGUUUGGAAGAGACAGAAUGUCAAACAACUGGAUCCCUCCUCCACAUCCACGGGUUUUUGAAUAUUUUGAUGGGGCCACUUCUCAACGCAAAGCUGAUAAUAUGCCCCAGGUAAAUGGUGAAAACACAGAGACAGAAAGUCAGCCACCAACUGCACAGGUGCAGGACGAUCCAGAACUUUAUGAAAAACUGACAUCUUCCGUCGAGAUAAACAAAGAGAAGAGUGACACAGAAGCUGAUAUAGAGAGUGAACCAGUGGUAGAAAGCACAGAAACUGAGGGGACAUAAUCAUCACUCAGUAGGUAAAAGAUACCUUUUGUAAAGUUGUCAUCUCUCUGUAAUAGAUAAAUGGCUGACUGGACCGUAGCAGUUCACUUUUGUCUGCCAGAAUUAAGUUAAUCUGAUGUUCAUGUUCAUCUUUCACUUAAAUAACUGUACAACUGACUUGUAUAGAACACUGUUCUUAAUUUGAACAUGGUAGGUAAACGUUUUUUGGUUUUGUUUUGGUUUUUUUUAUUUUAUUUUUCUGGUAAAGCAUAAACUUGCCCCCACUUGCUUUUAAUUUCACAAAGAUAAAUUAACAGCUUGUCAAACAAAGACUUCCUAUGGAAGAAAACGAAAAUUUUUAGAUACUACCCUUAGGUUGGCUAUCGAAAUUGUUAUACUUGAAAACAGGUGCUGGUGUAUCUUGUCCGUGGUUUUAGGCUGCUGCAGAAUUUUAAAGUAUAGACAAAGCUGUGAUAUUUUAUGUUCCUACAAUUCGGCAGUAAAAGAAAUGGCCCAUGUUAUUUAAGGAGCAUAACACAGAGAUUAAAAGUGGUUUUGUAAAAUCUACACUAUAGUCUCUGUUUUCUCUAAAGUAAGUGUUUGUGAUUUGUUCCUCGUACUGCAGUGGGUUUAAAAAAAUGAAAAAAUACAUUUUAAUGUUGGGUGCAUUUUGUUUUUAGAUGCCAAUAAAACAUAUUUGUU